UUGGAUUUGGAAGAUAUUUGAUUUUUUUUAAUUAGUAAUACAUAUUGCAAGUUAAUUUGGAAUAAAGUUGUAAAAUAUACAAAAUUUUGUUUAUCUUUUCCUAUAUAAUAUGUAUAUGGAAACAUAACCAUUGAACAAUUUUUUAAAAAUUUCAAAACUUUUAGUGAAAGUCGCAACGAAAAUUUGAUAAACAAUGGCCAAAGAAUCAAAUCGUGCUCGACAAUGCGAAGAACUGGAAGUUAUUAAGUGUAUUUAUGGAAACGAUGUUGAAGAUCUUCGAUCUGGAAAUUCAGGAUGGAAACCGAUAGAUCUACGAAUAUUAUUAUUUCCGUCAAAAGUAUCAGACAUAUCAGAGGCCUUUGUUGAAACAAAACUACGUGUAACAUGCUCACACAAAUAUCCCGAAAUAGCUCCCAAAUUAAGUUUGGAAGAGACAAAAGGUAUAUCCGAUUCGCUUAUUGAAGAUUUAAUACAAGAACUAAAUUUACAAGCCUCGAAACUCAAAGGAGAAGUAAUGAUUUUUGAAUUGAUUCAAACGGUUAAAUCUUUCCUUCACAAACAUAACAAACCCCCUAAAGGUAGUUUCUAUGAUGAGAUGUUGCAACAAAAAUUUAAACGUUAUCAAAAACUGAAGGAAGAGGAACAGGAGCAACGAGACCGAGAGAGACAAAAUUUAUUAGAAGAGGUUGAAAGAAGGAAAGAGUUAUUUAAAACUGAAGCUAAACCAACGCGCCUUAUAAGCAAUGAAAUUUCUGCAAAUGAAUGUCCUGAUCAUGGUUACAGUGAUAUGAUAAACUUUCCUAAAAGUGGUAAGCAGAUAAGGCGUGGAUGCUGUUUAGGUCACUCUCAAAAUGGAUAUGUAGCAUUCUCAGGAGUAGAUAUUGAUACUGGAAAAUUGUUUUAUAUAACAGAAUGGCAUAUAAAAUAUUCGCAAAUUGAAGCUAAGUGUCAGUUAAAUUGUUUUUGGUCUAGUGAUUCAAAAUGUAAUGGACACAAUGUAACUGACUUCAUAAACUGUGUUGAAAAACAUGUGAGAGUUUUAUCUCAAAUGCAUCACAACAAUAUAGCUGCAUAUGAACGAGUAUUAUGCUCCAAUCACAAAGAAUGUGUUAUUAUUAAUUUAGUUCAAGAUUUUGUGUUAGGAAAUAAUGUGCGUAAUAUAACUAAUUCUAUUGGCUGGUGCAUUGAAGGGGUUAGAGUUGUUGCAAAGGAGGUUUUAGAGGCCCUUGUAUUUCUCCAUAAUCGUGGAAUAUCAUACAGUUAUCUUUGCGAUACAACUGUUUUUAUAGAUAAUUUUGGAAAAGUAAGAUGUACAGACUUUUCCCUCGUUCCACAUUUACUUGAAUUAACUACUGGCGAAAGGCAAAAGGACGGCGAUUUACCUGCGUUGGGGAGUCUAAUAGAAAGUCUGAUGCCAGUUCUAUCUAGUGAUAUGAAGGAUUUCGUUGAUAAGUGCAAAUCAGAUCGGACGCUGUCAGCUUCCGAAUUACUCGAACAUCCCUUUUUGAGGAGAACUAUGUGUUUGGAGGAACAAAAAGAUAACUUAUUCAAUUUUGAAACAUCUAAAAAUAAUCUAUUAAAAACUAACCUGAAGAAAGACAUAAACAACUCUUCGCAUAAUGCUGAUCGUUUAUUAAUACCACUUUACUCCAAUUUGACAAUAAAUAUACCGCAAUCCAGACUGAGUACUGAAUUUGAAAUACUUCAAUAUCUUGAAAAAGGUGCAUUUGGAGAUGUAUUAAAGGUUCGAAAUAUUUUGGAUAACAGAGAAUAUGCCAUAAAAAGAAUACCUCUGUCAGCUAAAAGUAGACAAUUAUAUAGAAAAAUGACCAGGGAAGUAGAAUUACUGUCUCGUCUUAACCACGAAAAUGUUGUAAGAUAUUUUAAUAGCUGGAUUGAAAAUGCAAUGUCUAAUGAAGCAGAUGAUAUUGACAAAGAGAGCAAUGAAGAAAUGAAACGCUUAUCGCCAUAUAAUCCGGCAGAUUCUGAAGAAAGCUCUUCAAGUAUAUGGAAGGGUUUUUUGCAAAAUGUUGACGAUUCGGAUUCUGACGGCAUAGAAUUUGUUAACUCUGAUGGAGAGGUUGUUGUUUAUGAUGAAUGCGAAGCAUCGGAGGAUGAAGACAAGCAUUACAUAAGUUCACCUAAGCCUUUAAAUCAAGUAAUGUAUAUUCAGAUGGAAUUUUGCGAAAAAUCUACACUUCGACAAGCUAUCGAUGAUAAUCUUUGCGAAAAUACUGAUAGAUUAUGGCGAUUAUUUCGCGAAAUACUUGAAGGACUGUCUCACAUCCAUCAACAAGGCAUUAUUCAUCGUGAUUUGAAGCCUGCCAAUAUUUUUUUAGAUUCAAGAGAUCAAAUAAAAAUAGGCGAUUUUGGACUUGCAACAACUAGUUUUCUAGCCUUGCAAUCAAAUGAGCAUGCUAAUAUUAGUAAUGUGAAAGAUGACGGAACUAACACCGGUACUGGCACCGUCGGUACAGCUUUAUAUGUUGCUCCAGAAUUGACUGGAAAUGCUUCGAAAUCAACCUAUAAUCAAAAAGUGGAUAUGUAUACUCUAGGAAUUAUAUUAUUUGAGAUGAGUCAUCCACCUUUUGAAACAGCCAUGGAACGCAUAAAAACAAUUCUUGAUCUAAGAAGCAAAAACAUUGUUUUGCCAGAAAAAAUUUUAAAAAACCCUCGAUAUGAUCAAAAUGUCAAGAUUAUUCAAUGGUUAUUGAAACAUGAUCCAAGUCAGAGACCAGCAGCGGAAGAACUUUUAUUAUCAGAUUUAAUGCCACCUGCACAAUUAGAAACUAGCGAACUACAGGAAAUUGUAAGACAUAUAUUAGCCAAUCCACAAUCUAAAGGUUAUAAAAAUCUAGUUGCAAGAUGUUUACAGCAAGAAAGUGAUGAUGUUUUGGAGUUGACUUACCACCUAGGUUUAUUAGCAAGUAAUCCAGUAUUGGAAUUUGUUAAGGAAAAGGUUGUUAAUUUAUUUAGAAAACAUGGUGGCGUAGAAAUGAAUGCGCCCCUCUUAACACCUCUAUCGAAAAAUAUUUUUUCGAAUUCUAAUCCUGUUAAAUUAAUGACUCAUUCAGGCAGCGUGGUGGUUUUGCCUAAUAAUUUACGAGUUCUUUUCGCGCGGCAUGUUGCAAUGUCUGGAAUAAAUGUGAUGCGAAGAUAUUCAAUAGAUCGAACAUACAGGGAAAAAAAAGUAUUCAAUUUCCAUCCUAAACAAAGUUAUGAAUGCGCUUUUGACAUAAUUACGCCAAAUCCUGGGAAUUUUUUGGCUGAUGCGGAACUAAUAUCAAUGGCAUAUGAGAUAGCUUCAGAAAUUCCUCAUGUUAAAGAAAAAAACUUGUCAAUUCGCAUGAAUCAUACCAACCUACUUAAAUCUAUCCUUCUAUACUGUAACGUUCCGAAACAUUUGUAUAGUCAAUUGUUUGCCAAUUAUUUGGACUAUAUUGAUGGCCGUUUAUCCAAAUUUCAUUUUACAUCUGCUGUAGCUACUAUUUUACAAACAUCUAAAACAAGUGCUACAACUUUGAUUGAUCUGCUUUUGAUAGAAUUCGCAAUGGGUGGACCAAGGGGUCACAUGGACAACACAGUACUUAAAGCUCUUGUAAAAGGAAAAGGUGAAUCAGCAAAAUUGGCUAAGAAUGCUUUAAGAGAACUAGAGUGUGUGGUUUCCCUAAGUCAAAGUUUAGGUGUGAAUUGUCCAAUUCAUAUAUGCGCCGGUCUUCCUAUAAGUUAUGAUAGAGCCUGUUCCGGGGGAAUUGUUUGGCAAAUGAUUGCUAUUUUGAAACUAAACAGAACUCCAAAACCUUCUGUGCUGGCAGUAGGGGAGAGAUAUGACACAAUGUUAACUCAGUUUCAACAACAAGCCCAUGGAUGGAAUGUUAGUAUUCCUCAUAGAGGAAUUAGUGGUGCAGGAUUUUCAUUUUAUUUAGAUAAAUUAGCAACUUUGAUUGGUUCAGAAUGGAAUGAAAAUUUUCGUACAAUCGAUGUAGUAAUAUGUGUAUCAGGCACUAAACCUCCUUUGAAAGAUGUAACUUACAUUUUGAAAUUGCUAUGGUCAGCAGGAAUAAGAAGUGGAGUAGUAGAAUCUGCAGGUUUUGAUGAAGUAGAAGAUUUGGCGAAAGAUCUUGGUGCUGCACACGUUAUAUUUUUAGGAGAAAAUGGAGUGUUAAAAGUUAGGUCUUGGGAUCGUGAACAUUUUCAAGAACGCCAUGUUACUCGAUCUGAACUAGUUGAUUACAUACAAAAAUUACUGGCUCGAGAUAAUUUUAAUGUAGCAGAAGUUGGUAUUUUGCACCAGAUCACUGAUAAGCAAGUUGCCAUUAAUUCGAAUUUAUGUCCUGGUACAAAAAAUCAAGAUUUUAUUAGUGGGCUCCCAAAUGUGGACGUAACCUUUUUAACUCAAGAAAAAAUUACUGCUAAUAUGAGAAAAAGAUUAGAAAACCAGGUGACUCAACACAUGCAGAGUACACUUGUUAAAUUUAGCAGAAAAGAAUAUUUUCUGGUUAUGAUUGUUGAUUUGCCAUCUAUAGUAGUCAAUGCAAUAGUUGGUGCCAUAAAUCCUAGGAAAUUAUCUUUAAAAGAGACUGAAAAAGAAAUUAGUUAUAUAGUGGAAAGAUUUCCUAAACAUAAGAGAUAUAUAUCAGACAUUUUGGAUGAUGUGAUUGAUGCUAUGUCAGUGGAAAAAAAUACACCGAUUGUUGCAUUGUACAGCACAAUAGAUUCAUAUUUUCGCAUUAUUAUUUGAUAAAAAUUUUAUAUUAUAUUCAUUUUAUUAAAAUGU